AUGGCUACAAUUAACAAUCAAUUUCAGAGUGGUACGGCGGCAAUUCCAUGUUCAAGAGUAGAAAUAAGUGUGUCAUGCAGAAAAUUAAGAGAUUGUGAUGUAAUAUCUAAAUCAGAUCCUAUGUGUGUUCUAUUUAUGUUAGAUUUAAAACCACAUCAAUAUAGAGAGAUUGCAAGAACAGAAUGUAUUAAUGAUAACUUAAAUCCAGACUUUGUUAAGAAAUUUGAAAUUGAUUAUUAUUUUGAAGAGAACCAAAAGUUGAAAUUUGAAAUUUAUGAUGUAGAUUCUGAUAAAAGAAAAUUAUCUGAUCAUGAUUUUCUAGGGAAGUUAGAAUGUAGUCUAGGAGAAAUUGUUGGUUCUCAUGGAUCUUGUUUAAAAAGAAAACUAGUAGGUCCAGCAACAGAUAAUGGUGCCAUAAUAGUAAGAGCAGAAGAAAUACUAGCUUGUAAGGAAGUCAUCAAUAUGCAUAUAAAAGGUAGUGAUUUGGAUAAAAAAGAUUUUUUUGGUAAAUCGGAUCCAUAUUUAACUAUAUCUAGAGCUAAUGAAGAUAGUAGUUACACAGUUGUCCAUAAAACAGAAUUCAUCAAAAACACAUUAAAUCCAACCUGGAAGCCCUUUCAGAUCAAAGGAUCAACAUUAUGCAAUUCUGAUCAUAACAGGACUAUAAAGUUUAUUUGUAAUGAUUGGAACAGUGAUGGCAGUGUAGAUCUUAUUGGUGAAUUUGAUACUAAUGUUUUAGAGCUCAUUCAGGGUCAUAAGAAAUCAUUUGAGGUAAUAUAUAAACAGAAAAAGGCAAAGAAGAAGAAGAAUUAUAAGAAUUCUGGUAUAAUUACAUUCCUUAACUUUGGAAUAGAACAACAACAUUCUUUUAUAGAUUAUAUUCGUGGAGGAAUGCAGAUGAAUUUUACAGUAGCAAUAGAUUUUACAGCUUCCAAUGGAAAUCCACACGAUCCUACCUCUUUACAUUAUUUAUCACCUUAUCAUCUCAAUCAGUAUGCUGCAGCUAUUACUUCUGUUGGUGAAAUAAUACAAGAUUAUGAUAGUGACAAGUUAUUUCCUGCUCUUGGUUUUGGUGCCAGACUACCUAAUAAUGCUGUAUCUCAUGAAUUCGCUUUAAAUUUCAACCCUAACAAUCCAUAUUGUAAUGGUGUUCAAGGAGUGUUACAGGCAUAUUAUAAUGCUAUAAGGCAUGUACAACUGUAUGGUCCUACAAAUUUUGCUCCUGUCAUAAACCAUGUUUCUCAAUUUGCUGCUACUGUAUUAGAUGGUUCGCAAUAUUUUGUGUUAUUAAUUAUAACUGAUGGUAUUAUUACUGAUUAUAGUAAAACUGUCGAUGCUAUUGUCAGGGCCUCAACUCUACCAAUGUCUAUUAUAAUUGUUGGUGUUGGGGAUGCUAAUUUUGAAGAAAUGGAAAAAUUAGAUGGUGAUGAUGUCAGAUUAAGUUCACAAGGAAAAUAUGCUGAAAGAGACAUUGUUCAGUUUGUUCCAUUCCGUAAUUUCCUGAGUAAUGGUGUAAAUGUAGAGAGUCAAGCUAGAUUAGCGAAGGAAGUGUUAAGAGAAAUACCGCAUCAAGUCAGAUCUUUUAUGAGUAAAAGAGGUAUAGCACCUAGACCACCACUACAUAGAUCAGAUAGUUUAUCAAACGUAGCUAAUGUACCAUCUGCUCCUCCUCCUGCUUACAGUAGUGAUAUGACAGGAUUACCCUCUACCCCACCUUAUCAACAAUAG